AUGGUAUUUAUCCACUCUCUCUCCCGCCAGCUGCGGCGUCCUGCUGCCCAGCUGCUGUCCUCCAAGGCAGCCUUUGCGCGCCCGACAGCGUCUCCUUUCUCUGCUGUACGCACACUAACAGCUACUGCCUCGCAACAGGCCAAGAUUCUUAUGGUCCUCUAUGACGGUGGCGUCCACGCCAAAGACCAGCCCGGUCUGCUCGGUACCACCGAGAACGAGCUUGGUAUCCGCAAGUGGCUCGAGGACCAGGGCCACACCCUCGUCACCACCUCCGACAAGGAUGGUGAGAACUCCACCUUCGACAAGGAGCUCGUUGACGCCGAGGUCAUCAUCACCACUCCCUUCCACCCCGGUUACCUGACCGCUGAGCGUCUGGCCAAGGCCAAGAAGCUCAAGAUUGCCGUCACCGCUGGUGUCGGUUCCGACCACGUCGACCUCAAUGCCGCCAACAAGACCAACGGCGGCAUCACCGUCGCUGAGGUCACUGGCUGCAACGUCGUCUCCGUCGCUGAGCACGUUGUCAUGACCAUCCUGACUCUCGUCCGCAACUUCGUCCCCGCCCACGAGCAGAUCGUCAAGGGCGAGUGGGAUGUUGCCGCUGUCGCCAAGAACGAGUUCGACCUCGAGGGCAAGGUCGUCGGUACCGUCGCUGUCGGCCGUAUCGGUGAGCGUGUCCUGCGCCGUCUGAAGCCCUUCGACUGCAAGGAGCUCCUCUACUACGACUACCAGCCCCUUAGCCCCGAGGUCGAGAAGGAGAUCGGCUGCCGCCGUGUCGAGAACCUCGAGGAGAUGCUCGCCCAGUGCGACGUCGUCACCAUCAACUGCCCUCUCCACGAGAAGACUCGCGGUCUCUUCAACAAGGACCUCAUUUCCAAGAUGAAGAAGGGCUCCUGGCUCGUCAACACCGCCCGUGGCGCCAUCGUCGUCAAGGAGGACGUUGCUGAGGCCAUCAAGUCCGGCCACCUCCGCGGAUACGGUGGUGACGUCUGGUUCCCCCAGCCCGCUCCCAAGGACCACCCUCUGCGCUACGUCCAGGGCCCGUGGGGCGGCGGCAACGCCAUGACUCCCCACAUGUCCGGUACCUCGAUCGAUGCCCAGAUCCGCUACGCGGAGGGUACCAAGGCUAUCCUGGACAGCUACUUCUCCGGCCGUGAGGACUACCGCCCCCAGGACCUGAUCGUCCACAAGGGUGACUACGUCACCAGGGCCUACGGUCAGCGCAACAAGGCUUAA